AUGGCGUGGAGGAAGAAGAGUGGCAGCUACUCGUCGGCGUCAUCGUCGCCCGGCACGUCGCCAUGCUACCACGACGAGCGCGAGAAGGUACCGAAGGGGCACGUCCCGAUGGUCGCCGGCUGCGGUGAGCGCGUGGUGGUGCCGGUGAGGCUGCUUGCCGACCCCUGCAUCGCCGAGCUGCUGGACAUGGCGGCGCAGCAGUAUGGGUACGGUCAGUCGGGCGUGCUCCGGAUCCCCUGCGACGCGGACCAUUUCCGGCGGGUCGUCGGCGGCGCGCUUCAGAGAAGUAGCUAG